CACGUGACAAAACCAUGGCUUCCUGCUUGUGUUUGAUGGAGGCGCGUCGUUGACACGAAAACGUAAUUGUUUGUCGCCUGUGAGCUAGUUGGACAUUUUCUGGAGGCACCAUGCAGAAGAUCAAGUCUCUUAUGGCCCGGCAGGGCCUGAAAAGUCCCCAGGAGAGCAUAACAGACCUCAGUCCUGUAGAGAACCUGAGGAUCCCCAGCAAGGAGGAAUUGCGGGAGCUCCGGGAGCAGCCCAUCGACCCCCUGGCCGAGCAGGAGAUGAUUGAGAGCAUCGAGGAGGUCUACUUCUCUAACGACUCUUUUGAUAUGGUGCAGCACGAACUGGAGAAGCUCCCAGCCGAACUCAACCUGUUGGAGUUGGAAGAGUACAAAGACCGAUUGAAGAAACAGCAGGCAGCAGUUUCUAAAAAGGUUGCCGAUCUCAUUUUGGAGAAACAGCCAUCUUACGUCAAGGAGCUGGAGAGAGUGACUGCGUUGCAGACCAACCUGCAGCUGGCAGCUGUCAUUUGCACAAAUGCAAGAAGACAACUGAGUGUGUCGAAAGAGGGAUUCACUGAAGCAAGCUUGGGCUUAUUAGCCAAUCAGAGACGACGUCAACUCCUAACCGGCCUGCUCAAGUCUCUUCGGACCAUCAAGACGCUGCAAAGGACAGAUGUACGACUCAGCGAGAUGCUUGAGGAGGAAGACUAUCCUGGUGCUAUCCAGCUCUGCCUGGAAUGCCAGAAGGCGGCCAGCACAUUCAAACACUACAGCUGCAUCAGUGAAUUGAAUUCUAAACUGCAGGACACUCUGGAGCAAAUAGAGGAGCAGCUUGACGUUGCCCUUUCAAAGACUUGCAAGCACUUUGAUGUUGCACACUAUACCAAGGUCCAGCUGGCCUACACACUCCUGGGGAAGACACAGACGGCUAUGGACCAGCUGCACAUGCACUUCACCCAAGCCAUCCACAACACCGUCUUCCAAGUGGUGCUGGGAUAUGUGGAGCUCUGCGCUGGCAAUGCCGAUACCAAGUUCCAGAAAAUGCAAUAUAAGGAUCUUUGCACGCACAUCACUCUGGACAGCUACAUCCCGUGUUUGACCGACCUGUGCAAGGCAUUGUGGGAAGUGAUGCUGAGCUACCACCGCACCAUUCAGUGGCACGAGGAGCACGACCAGCAGCCAGCCACGCCAACACCAGAUGCCUCCCAGUCUGAUGACCUGGUGGUGGACCGCAGCUACGUGAAGAAGAAGCUGGAGCACGGACUCACCAGGAUCUGGCAGGAUGUCCAGUUAAAGGUGAAGGCUUACAUCCUGGGGACCGACAUGUCCAACUUCAAAUAUGAUGACUUCAUAGUAGUAUUGGAUGUCAUCAGCAGGUUAAUGCAAGUGGGUGAAGAAUUCUGCGGCAGUAAAUCGGAGGUCCUGCAGGAGUCCAUUAAGCGCCAGAGUGUGAACUAUUUCAAAAACUACCACAGGGCUCGACUGGAGGAGCUGCGGAUGUUUCUGGAAAAUGAAACGUGGGAACUUUGCCCUGUCAAAUCGAACUUCAACAUCUCACAGCUCCAUGAGUUUAAGUUCAUGGACCAGUGUCGCUCCCCUACGCUGUCCCCAAGCCGCCAGGGCACGUCCAUCCAGAUCCAGGGGGAGCUGUCUCUGUUCCAGCAGUACCUGCAAGACGGAAACCCCUUUGAAAUGCACUUUGAAAACAAAGAGGAGGAGACGGAGGACGUGCUGGCUUCCAACGGGUACGAGUCUGACGAGCUGGAGAAGAGCGCUUAUCAGGACUACGACAGCGACAGCGACGUCCCCGAGGAGCUCAAGCAGGACUACGUUGACGAGCAGACGGGCGAUGUCCCGCUCAAGAGCGUGUCCCGGGAGACCAUAAGAAGCAAGAAGAGGUCCGACUACAACUUGAACAAGACCAAUGCACCCAUCCUUACCAACACCACCCUCAACGUCAUCCGCCUGGUCGGAAAGUACAUGCAGAUGAUGAACAUCCUCAAGCCCAUCGCCUUCGAUGUCAUCCACUGUGUGUCGCAGCUCUUUGACUACUACCUCUUCGCAGUCUACACCCUCUUUGGACGAAAUGACAUGCCCGUCCCCAGCCCGUCUAUGCCAACUCACGGGGGCAGAGAGUCCGGUCCCGCUCGCGUGGUGGGCCCUGCUUGUUUGUAUGAGUCAUCGGGUCUGGGCCUUAUCAGCAGCAGACUGAGAACCACACUGAACCGGAUCCAGGAGAGCCUCAUCGACAUGGAGUCGGGCGGUGAGAAUGCCAGCUUGCACAUUCCCACGGAGGAAAAGAAGGAGAAGGUGCCGAGCCCCCACCUCAGCCAGAUGGUGGUCCUCACCAACGGUGGCACUCUUUACGGCCUGGCGCAGAGAGUGGUCGCCACGGAGUCCCUUGUCUUUUUGGCCGAGCAGUUUGAGUCCCUGCAGUCCCAGUUGGACACCAUGAUGCCCGCUGCCAAGAAGCCUUUCCUGCAGCAGUUCUACUCCCAGACCGUGUCCACGGCGAGUGAACUGCGAAAGCCCAUAUACUGGAUCGUGGCGGCCAAGGCCAUCGACUACGAGCAGAUGUUGCUCUUGAUGUCCGGCGUCAAAUGGGACAUCAGAGAGAUCAUGUCCCAGCACAACAUAUACGUGGAUGUCCUCUUGCAGGAGUUUGAGAUGUUCAACAAGCGCCUGGGUGAGGUCAGCAGACACGUACGCAUCCCACUGCCCGUGUCCAACGUCCUGUGGGAGCACUGCAUCCGCCUGGCCAACAGGACUCUUGUCGAGGGCUACGCCAACGUGAAGAAGUGCAGCAACGAGGGCCGGGCGCUGAUGCAGCUGGACUUCCAACAGUUCCUGAUGAAGUUGGAGAAGCUGACCGACCUGAGGCCCAUACCUGACAAGGAGUUUGUGGAGACCUACAUCAAGGCCUACUACCUGACUGAGAACGACAUGGAGCAGUUCAUCAAGAACCACAGGGAGUACUCCAUGAAGCAGCUUGCAAACCUGGUGAACGUUUGUCUGGGCUCCCACAUAAACAAGAAGGCCCGCCAGAAGCUCCUGGCAGCCAUCGACGACAUCGACAGACCUAAAAGAUAGUCAGUAGUUCUAUGUUAGUCCAUACAGUACAACUGCUGCUGUCAUGGUAACCCAAUGUUCCCUCCUGAUGAUGGAUGUAGAAACUAAGGACGUACUCACAUUAGACCGAUGGUCACACCUGAAGUCAGGCCCGUUUAGCCGGGUGUCAACACUCUGAUCUGUGCUUCCUUUGCC